ACGGAAAAAAACACAUACUGAAUCUUUUUAGUCCCUGUGUAAUAAGCUAUUAGACAAUAAUAGUAUGGCUCAAUGUGAUACAGUCUAUUUAACAGAAGCAUUCCUUGAACCUGACAGUGAUGAUGAAUUUCAUUAUGAAAAGAUCUCAAUUGAAGAUAAUCUUUCUAUUGAUGGUUUAACUGAUGAAGAUUUUGAUGCUGCAGUUAAAAUUGUUAAAGAAAAUGAAAGUGUCCCGCUAAUUCAGAAUCAACCAGAUGAAGUUUUAUCAAAAACACAAAAAAGGCAUGAAGUACCUGAGGAUUAUGUGCGUAAUUUUUUGGUUCGAUUCAAUAUGAUAAAAACUCUUGAUUGCUUUCAAACAGAAUGGUAUGAGUUUAAAGAGAAAGGUUUAUUGAAAGAAGAAGACUGUAGCAAUGUACCUGAUAUUUAUAGCAGAAAUAGACAGUUAGAUGAAUUAGUCAAUUCUCUCAGGAAGGAGUUAAAGAACUACAAAGAUUUAACAAGUAAAGCAAAGGAUAUACAUUUAAAAUUGCGAAAAGAACGAGAUUUCCAUCGGUUACACCACAAAAGAGUUGUGCAAGAAAAAGAAAAACUAUUAUCUGAUAUAAAAAGAUUAAAAGAACACUAUGAUUCAUAUGAGCCUCUAUUAAAAUCGUUGCAGCAAAAAUAUGAGACUGCAAUGAGAGAAAAAAUGCUAACAAAAUUGGAACGAGAUCGUGCAGUCAAUCAAAUAGAAAGUUUUCAGUCCGUAACAAAACAUCAAACUUCAAACAAAGACCAAGAUACUUCAAUUUUGAAAUCUCCAACAAAAGAGUUAAAGAUUUCACCCAAAAAGCAUCCAAAGGAUUCUGAUUGGCCUUCAGAUAAAGGUUUCAGUCCAUUGCUAUCAAAUAAGUCAAGUGAAUGUUUACACUCAAGAAAGACUGUUGAAUUCCAUCUUAUUAAUAGCUUUAAAGCUCAUUCAUUGGCAGUGAGUGGAAUCUCUCUUCAUCCUCAUAAGCAGAUUUUAGCGACAGUAAGUGAUGAUCAAACUUGGAAGUUAUGGUUGAUUCCAGAUGGUGAAAAUAUACGAACUGGUAUUGGUCAUUUGGGAUGGAUUUCUCAUUGUGAUUUCAAUCCACAAGGAAGUCAUUUAGCUACAACAUCUUCUGAUACAACAGUAAAAAUAUGGGAUUUUUCUAUUGAGAAACAUGUUUUAUCAUUUGAUGAACACAAAGAUGUUGUUUGGGGUUGCAGUUGGCAUUCUGCUGGAGAUUUUUUGGCCUCAUGCUCUAUGGAUGGAACAUCUAAGAUAUGGGAUGUGAACAGCGUGCGAUGCAGAAGCACUCUACGUGGUCACACUGAAUCAGUUAACAGUAUUCAGUUUUUACCUUUUUCAAAUAUAUUAUGUACAAGUUCUGUUGAUAAAACUAUUUCUUUAUGGGAUCUUCGAACGAAAUUGCGUGAAAGUACAUUUUACGGUCAUCUUUAUCCAAUAAAUUAUGCUACUUUUAAUAUACAGGGAGACAAAAUAGCAUCUUGUGAUGCAUAUGGUAUAAUGAAAUUGUGGGAUGUUCGCAGCAUGUCUGCUAUUGUAACAUGUGAUUUUGGUCCCCAUCCAAUGAAUAGAAUAGUUUUUGAUCCAGAUGCCUUGGUGAUUGCGACUGCUUCUAACGACGGUACUCUCAGAAUUUACACAAUAAACAACGGUGAAGUAAUGACAGUUUCAGGACACGACAGUGCAAGUCAGACAGUAAUAUUUAGUUUAAGUGGUGAAUAUUUGAUAUCAGGGGGUUCCGAUUUUAUGGUGAAAAUAUGGUCUUAGCGUUGUCGCAAAAUUGUGACUACAGAAUUGAAGUUUUGUGUGUCCUGUAUUCACAAGUGGUAAACAUUCUGAUUACAAUAACAAAUCAGUUACUAAUUAUUUAAAAAAAAAAAAAGGUUUUUAAAGUAUAUUUUGCCGCAAUCUGUUUAA